AUGGGAGACCACAAGCUGCCAGGGAAACAGGUCCGGAGGACAGUAAAGCCAACAUCUCGGGACACGAGCAGCAAGUCUGUGGGGAAGGACGCUUCCAAAUGUGCUUUAAAGCACAAGAAAGAGCAGCUGAGGUUGCCCACCCCUGUGGAGGGCCAGCACCGCCUCUACAUUAAAGAACGGCCAGAUGACUUCAGGAAAGCGGGGACACCAAAUGAAGGGCUGACUCCAAAAAGCGUGGAGGGUACCUUUCUCCCAACAAUUUCUCAGAGAGUGCCAAGUCCCAUCGCCAACAAGUGUCAGAGAAAGGUGUGUGAUGACUCAGGACUAUAUCAGCCACUUUUACCAGUCCAGCAUACACGUCGAACCUUCUGGGAUGAGAUAGGGUCCCGCCGGAAUCACCAUCUGCUAGCUCCUUGGCCUCGAGGAGAAGAUAGUUCUGCAGAUAUACUAAUCAAAAUACUGGAAACACCAAGACCUCAGCGGAUUCUAGAGAACAAAUGGCCUUAUUGGGAAGAUCACAGGGAAGCAACCAAGCAGCCCACCAACUCUGGCAAGCAGUCUCAAGGCAAAUUCGAUCAGGAUCCUCACAAUCUUUCCUCGUCAUGUGAAGGCAGUUGGGUCCCUGACGGCCAACACAGGGGACAAGAUAUGCUUAGCUCUAUUUAUUAUAAAUAUAUAUACAAAGGAGGAGAUGAUAAGUGGGCCAAAACUUGUAGAAAUUUCGUACAACCAAUUGACAAGGGAUGUGAAAACCAACCAAGCAAUGAAAAGUCACCCGUCAAGAAACCUGAUCUGAAGUAUGACAAGAAAAUGAGCAGAGUCGAGAACACCAGACUCUCCAAACAGGAAUCCAGCUUUGUUAUAAAACUUCAAAACCCACCAGAUACUCAUAAAGUCAACAAGGACAUUAGGUAUGAGCCACCAUCACACCCGAAAAGCUGCCACCUGAAAAAUGAAGACCUUGUACCUAAUUCAGAUGAACCUGAACUUCAAGGCAAAAACGUUGUCGGUAACCCUGAAGUCGCUGAAGCUAGUGAACCAAAGGACUUGAAGUACUUCAUAAGCAAGGAUGACACUACACCAAGCACCCUUGAGCAGGUGUUUAUGAAGAAGGGAUGGGGUUGUGAAUAUUCUUCCCCUACAUCAGAAAUAUUUAGAGAUUAUUAUUGGAUCACGGAUACAGAUGAUGAUGAUGAUGACGAAGAAGAAGAAGAGGAAAAAAUGAAGGAAAAGCAGAAAGAAAAGACCUAG